GGGGUGGGGGAGGCUGAAGGUGAGGUUACAGGGGAGGUGGGUGUGAAUGGGCUGAAGUGAGCAGUCUUCCCCCAGCUCCUCACUGCAACCCCUCCCAGGCUUCCACCCUGUUCCUGUGGAAAGGUGGAGGAAACUGCUGGGAGGUGGUGGUGGCAGCAGGAUUAAUUUUAUAGAUUUCCUCCUCACCACCAUCCUCCACCUCUAUUUUUUUUUUGUUUUGCCACUUGUAAAAACGCAACAAAGGGUUGAGAUGAUCGCCAAACAAAUUUGGUGCCACUCUGUUGUAACCCAGAUGUCUGAGGGCUUUCCCCAUCCAUCCCCAAUCCAGGCAGAUGGCAGCCUUGAGUGAAACAAACACAGAAAUUGCUGGAGAAACUCGGAUGGUCUGGCAGCAUCUGUGGAUAUAGAAACAGAGUUAACAUUUUGAGUUCAGUAUGACUUCUUCGGUACUUCAAAUUUUGAUUUUGUUAGCCUUAAGUGUGAGACUGGGGACUCAUGCCAGCUCUGCUUUACUAAGUCAAGAUGAUGCAACUGCCUACCAAACAUUGUAGGUAUAUCUGUUCCACUUGCACUGCAGUGGCUCAAGAAGCCUUCUUGGUAGGAAUUAGUGAUAGGCCAGUUUUAAUUGCAUCCUGUCGAAGAUUUGAAAAAUAGAGUUGUUGUUACUAUCUUUGAUCCUGUAAAUUUUGCUUUUCUUUUACAAAAGAGAAAAUUCUGUUUUGGUCUGUCUUUUAUGUUGUUAGGAGCUUCCAUGCACUUCCUGACAAAAGGUCCUUGUUUUGAGAUGUUAACUGCUGUUUCUCUCCACAAAUGCUGCCGGAUCUGCUGGGUUUUUGCAGCAUUUUCUAUUUUUAUUCAUGUAGGUGAACCAUCUGGUCUUGAAAUGGAAACAUGGUGGUCUACCUCUUUUGAUAAAUUUAAAGUUAAAGUUUUUAUAUGUGAGGUGGGAUGUGACAUAGAAUCAAAAAAUCUCGAAGGACAUAAGAGGCCCUUCAGUUAAUCGAGCUAGUACUGAAAACUGUGCUUUCUUUUGUAAAGCAUAUGAAGAUCCUUAAAUGAUUGCAUCUUCUUAUUUUAAAAUAAGAUCAGAAUGUAUUUUGUUCAUGAUUUGUAGAAAGACUGCUUCCAGCUGCACUCUUCUUUCUGUUUUAAUAAUGUGUUCCUGGCCAGUAAAGGUAUCAAGCCUGUUUGUUUUCAUUGGUACCUUUCUGCUAUCGGAAUAUUAUCGGAACUAAUAUAUGGAAAUAGCUUUAAAUGUUUUCAGUUUAUGAUUUCAAAUUGUAUUUUAUAAUAUAGGUAGAGUAGUGAUAGCAUAACAUUGUAUUCUCAUAUGCCUACUGCAGUGUCUGUAUGAUUGAAGACCAUUGCCUUGUAUUCAUACUGGCAGCAUACAUUCUGCAUUAAAUAGUGGUCUAACUGUACUAAUAUAUUCUUAGAUAUUGUUGGGACCUUCACAACCUCUUUGGCAGCAAACCUGUUGAGUGACCACUUCCAAAGUAAACUAACCAAAGUCUGAAGUUCUAUGUACAGAUAGCGUUGGACAAGCAUAGAUGAUCAGAAGUGGAGCCAUGCGCUCUGGUUCAUUGAGAAUCUUCUGGGGUGGUGCAAUGACUCAGUGGUUAGCACUACUGCCUCAGUGCCAAGGACACGGGUUUGAUUCCACCCUUGGGUGACUAUCUGUGUGGAGUUUGCACAUUCUCCCUGUGUCUGCGCGGGUUUCCUCCUAGUGCUCCGGUUUAUUCCCACAGUCCAAAAAUGUGCAGGUUAGCUGGAUUAGCUGUGCUAAAUUGUCCAUAGUGUUUGGGGAUGCACAGGCUAGGUGGAUUAGUCAUGGGAAAUGCAGGGUUACUUGGAUGGGUUAGCCAUGUGGGUGGGAUGGUCACUGUGGACAUGAUGGGCCGAACGGCCUACUUCAACACUGUAGGGACUCUUGUGAUUCUAUGAUGUCUUGGAAGAUACAAACUCAUAGAUACUCGAGAGCAUCUGGACAAAGGAUGUGAUUUGAGUGAAGCAAAAUGGCGAAACACAAAAGAGGAUGCAAUAUAAUGGCAGCUGGGAAGAGUGUGAAGUACAAUUCUCUGGUGCUUUUGUGCGAAUGGAGCUCUUGUGGAUUCACUGCAUCUGGAAUGGAAGAUUUCAGCAAUCACAUUGCAGGCCAUUUAAAGGAUCAGGUUCAGGGGGAUGAAAAUGACAUUGAACCACAAGAGGAGCACCAGUGUCUGUGGGCAGAGUGUGGGUUCUACUCAGUGGAGAGCUCAGCUGACCUGAUCCGUCAUGUUUACUUUCAUGCUUACCACACAAAACUGAAACACUGGGGUCUGCAGUCCCUGCAGGCUCAGACUGAACUUGAACACUGCCUAAUGGAUCAGCAGAGCCGCAACGUCAUUCCAGAAAUCCCAGAGAGUUUUGUUUGUCUCUGGGGUCACUGUGAUAGCACUUUUGAAAAUCCAGAAUGGUUCUACAGACACGUGGAUAUGCAUGGAAUGUGUUCAGACCGGGAUGCAACCACAGAUUCUAAUCUAAUAAUUCCCUGCCGUUGGAAAGAUUGUGAUGCAACUUUCAGAGUGAAAUUUAAGCUUCGGGAACAUUUACGUAGCCACACACAAGAGAAAGUAGUGGCAUGUCCCACCUGUGGAGGAAUGUUUGCAAGCAACACCAAGUUUUUUGAUCACAUCCGGAGGCAGACGGCCAUGGAAUACCAACGCUUUCAAUGCUCCCACUGUUCAAAGCGGUUUGCCACUGAAAGGCUACUCAGGGAUCACAUGCGGCAUCAUGUGAACUAUUACAAGUGUCCAUUUUGUGAUAUGACCUGUCCAGCGCCUUCUGCCUUGCGGAACCACGUCAAAUUCCGUCACAGUGACGAGAAACCAUUCAGUUGCGAGUAUUGUGAAUACAGCUGCAAGAAUUUGGUGGAUCUAAGAAAGCAUUUGGAUACACACAGUGAGGAUCCAACCUACCGCUGUGAGUUUGCAGGUUGUACGUUCACUGCACGAUCCCAAUAUUCCAUCAAGUCCCAUUACAGGAGGGUACAUGAGGGGGAUAAGGAACCUAGAUACAAAUGUCAUGUUUGUGACAAAUGUUUCACGAGAGGUAACAAUCUGACUGUGCACCUCAGGAAGAAGCAUCAGUUUAAGUGGCCUUCAGGUCACCCACGAUUCAGAUACAAAGAGCAUGAAGAUGGUUACAUGCGGCUGCAAUUGGUACGAUAUGAGAGUGUUGAACUGUCUGAGCAGCUAAUGAAAGACCGGGAAAAGCAGGACGGCCGCAUGGACAGCAUGUCAGAGAGUUUGUUUUUGUCAGAAGCUAACUUAAGAGGAAUUAUACUAGAACCGCUUGAAGAGUCAAACAAUGAGGAACAAAACACAGGGAAGCACAGUCCCAAUACUCUGAACUGCUGUACAGCUGAGACCUUGGAACAGCCAAGUCCUAAUGAGGUUGCUGGCGGGGGACAGCUCCAACAAUUGCAGUUGGAUUCCCCUGACACAAAUAAAAGUCCCAUCAUUCGGGUGGUCAAUCGGACAAAUGAGUAUGGAGAGAAUGAAACUGUUUAUUAUGUUCUGACCAAUGCACCACCCAGCCCAGGUAAUGCUGAAGUAUCUGGUGAAGACAUGAAUAUGGAGAUUGAGGGAACCUCGGCUGACAAUAUAGAAAAGACUGCAGAAGAACUAGGCAUUCAAAUAAUUGGUUAGGAUUAACUACCCACUCACACCGCUGCUGUUUUUCUUGAUGAGAAUCUUUACUAUUUGGUCUGAUCUGUAUAUGCUGUUUUGCUCGAGUCAAGAAUGAGCUUUGUGAUGUGUCGAUUUGGUUGGCAGACACAGACUGUAUUUAUGGUGGUCAUUUUUUUAAUAUACCCCUCCCUUCAAAGCAAGAUGUUCAUUAUGUUCUGUCUGUAAUGCUGUCAGAUGCAAUGCAAUCCCUUUUCAAUUAUACUCAAUCACUGGAUCAAACAAAUCUAUUGGGAAGUAGAUUUUGACAGGUGCUGGAUGGUCAAUGUCAAUGCAAGUGCAGUUCUCAGUACUUUUCUUGUGUAAAAAUCCUCUAUUAUUGCUGUUCAUUUUUGUGAAAUGUCUUUUUUUUUGGCCCUGCCAUCCAACUCACAAACAAGUCCUACUUGUUCUUAUUCUGAGUAGAAAUUGCUGUAAAAAUUUCCUCUCUGUUUCCCUAGGGUCUGACAUUACACAGAGGAAUAACAGGAUAAUUUGGGGCCCUUUUACUUGUAAGCCAUUGAUUUAUAUUAUCUUGAUCCAGCAGUAUUUACUUCACACAUUGGCUGUUUAUAUUAUAUUAACAUGAUAUUCAGCCAGUGCAGUAAAAUCAGUGUUUUCUGUAACAGUGGUAUUUUACGUCUAGUUCCUUUGCAUACUCCUGUCUUCACAUCCUCAUCCUCCACAUUCUCUUCCUUCCACAUUCCUGUUGUUAAGGACCUUUUGAACUCAAACGUCAGAUAUCUGAUUAUCAUUGUGAUUCCAUUGGCCAUCUUUUUAAGUUCAUAUUUUUCUAACUUGAAUUUGUAUUGUAGCUGCCCAAAGUCAAACAGAAUUAAAUAAACUGAAGCUGACUUGCAUGCACCAAAUUCAAACUAGCACGAACACUUAGAUCCCAGGUUGCCAUCUCCUUCAGCCAAGAAUAUGAUGCAGCCUACUUCAGACUUCAUAGUCUGUCCUUAGAAUCUUGCACUACUUUUAAAAGCAUCAUUAACUACUGAGUAGUAACAAAUGAUGUAAUGUGAGUUUCAAGUGUCGAGUUUGGCAUGUAACACUUAGCCUGUAUGUUUACCAGCUUGCUGUGGAUUAAUAAUUGGACUAACAUUCACAAUGUAACUAAUGCCACAUAUGCUUCUAAGAAGGUGGCGUUAUUUUGAUGAAUUGGAGGGUAGAUUUCUUGGGAAAAUAUUAAAGUUAAGCAUUCUAAUA